AUGUCCACCACUUCUCCCCCCUCCCAAACACCACACACACCCCUCAAACCCCCAACUCCCGCCCCCAUCCCCACCCACCUCAUCCUCCUAACCUGCCACUCAAUCUACACUUCCGGGCCCCCUACCUCCCCCACCUCCUGGCUCCUCGCCCCCUUCCAAAAAGGCGGAACCGAACACCUCACAUUCAUUUCCCACAUUACUCUCGCUUCUUCCCUCCUCUCAUCAGAUCCUAAUGCUCUCCUUGUAAUCUCUGGUGGUUAUACUAGGAAAGAAGUGCGGAAGAGUGAGGCGAGGGGGUAUUUUGAGGUGGGGGUGGAGAGGGGGCUUUGGAGUGAGGAGGGGAUGGAUAAUGGAAGAAUUAUUUUGGAGGAAGGGGCUUUAGAUAGUUUUGGGAAUUUGUUGAGGGGGUUACUUGCUUUUUGGAGGGGGGCGGGGAGGUGGCCUGGGAAGGUGACGGUGGUUAGUCAUGGGUUUAAGGGGGAGAGGUUUUUGAGGUUGCAUUGUAGGGCUUUGAGGGUUGGUUUGGGGAGGGGUGGGGAUGAGGAGGGUGAGGAGGGUGAGGGGGAUGAGGUGAAUGAGGGGAAAGAAGUUGGGAAGGGAAGAGGUGUAGAAGUUGUAUUUUUAGGUCGGAAUCCUUCAUUUAUGGAUCCGGAAAGUGCAGAGUUUGAUGAGGAGAAAUGCGAGGAUACGAUAGGAGGAGAGAGGGAAAAGGGAUAUGGAGAGUGGAGAGAAGACUUGUGGGGGACGGGGAAGAGAUUGAGGGGGAAGAGGGAUGCGAGGGAUGCUUGGGGUGGUGGGAUGGAGAAUGGGGUUGAUGAUAAGAUGGGGAAAGAAAGACCUUUGUUUGAGAGUGAGGAGGAGAGGGUUAAGAGUGGACUUAGGACUAGAUGGUUGGAGGGGGAGGAUGGGUUGGUAAGGGAAGAGGUUAUUUUGGAGGGGGUGGAUAUGCCUUGGGAGGGUGAGAGGUAG